AGUGGCACCUCCUAGCACAGCGUAGAGCUUUGACUAGCAAUGUGACAAUAAAAAUAGAGCCCGUCAACGUCGCUGUUCAUGUUGUUAGCUAACGUUAUAUAACGGCACAUGAUUAUGAUUGGGUAGAGUAACAAAAUAGAAACGUUCGUCAGCCAGCUUUCAAUACAACAAACCAUUAUGGAUGCAGUAAACGCGUUCAACAUGGAGUUGUUCUCCAUGAUUGACCUGAAGCCUCCAAUAUCCCGUGCUAAGAUGAUGUCUGUAACAAAAUCAGCCAUCAAAGCUAUCAAGCUUUACAAACAUGUCGUACAGAUUGUUGAAAAGUUCAUCAAGAAGUGCAAGCCAGAGUUAAAAGUCCCUGGUUUGUAUGUGGUGGAUUCCAUUGUCCGACAGUCAAGGCAUCAGUUUGGUGUGGAUAAGGAUGUAUUUGGGCCCAGAUUCUUAAAGAACUUCACAGAUACCUUCCAAAACCUCUUCCGCUGUCCAGAGGAUGAUAAGAGCAAAAUUAUCCGUGUCCUGAACUUGUGGCAGAAGAAUGGUGUGUUCGACAUGGGCAUCAUUCAGCCUCUGAUGGAUAUGGCCAAUGGAGCAAUUGUAGGCUUACCUGCUCCUGCACUGGAAGUUCCCGCUGACCCCCAACCUGAGACACAGCUUCCUGUCACUAGUGCCCCAGUUGUGCCUGCUGUGCCUCAGCUACCCAGUCCUGAUGCCUUAGCUGCUGUGGCACAGCUUUUUCAGUCCCCCCAUGGUCAGGAGCUGCAGAGGAUGCUCCAUAACUUCCAGCAGGCAGAUAAGACCCUGGCAGCCACCAUCGGAAACAACAUACCAAACCAACCACAGAUGCCUGCGGCCCAGCUCAACCCAUACAAUGCACACACUGAAAAGAAAAGCUCUUUAGCUGAGAAACUCCUUGACCGAUUUGACUAUGACGAUGAACCUGAUGAUAUAACGGCUAAAGAAGGAAGUGCCCAGUCACAAGGCAUUCCUGAAAAUGUAUUUAACCAGUUUCCUGGUCAAAUGCCGAAAACCGAGAAUGUUCAUCCAUAUAUGACGGGACAGCCUGGUAUAGAGCACAGUGAAGGAAUGACUCAAGGUGAACAUCAGAUGAUGCUAGAUGGAUACCAUGCCAUUAAUGAGGCUUAUUCACAAUCACAGGGAAAUUCAAGAGAAGACUCAUCUAGGCGAGAGAGCAGACACAGAGGCUAUGGCAGGAGAUCAAGAUCCAGAUCUGGUUCACGAUCUCCCAGGAGAAGAAGAUCAAGAUCUUCAUCACGCUCAAGAAGGUCAAGGCAUCGACGCUCAAAUUCUCGCUCCAGAGAACGGCGCUGGAGAUCUCGCUCUCGUUCUCAGGACAGGAAUGAAAGAGAGAAGGACAGAGAGCGCAGACAAAAAGGUCUUCCCAGCAUAAAGAGCCAGACACUCAGUGUUUGCAGCACCACACUAUGGGUUGGACAGCUAGACAAGAAAACUCAGCAGUCUGAUGUGAUGUCCCUUUUGGAAGAAUUUGGCCAGAUUGAGUCUAUAAAUAUGAUUCCUCCGAGGGGUUGUGCCUAUAUUGUUAUGGUUCACAGACAAGAUGCCUAUACGGCUUUGAACAAACUCAGUAGGGGGUCAUACAAAGUCAAUCAGAAACCUGUUAAGAUUGCUUGGGCUUUGAACAAAGGUAUAAAGUCAGCACACAAAAAGUUCUGGGAUGUGGAGCGGGGAGUUACCUACAUCCCCUGGAGCAAAGUCAAAGUUGAGGAGUUGGAGAGCUAUCGAGAAGGGGGUAUGCUGGACACAGAGACACUAAAUCCAGAGUGGAAUCAUGGCAAGGACCUCAAAAAGCAGGCAGCUGUAAAUGGGGCUCUGGAAAGUGUACCAGCAGAUGGAACUGUCACUGCUCACAUUCAGGUGCCAGUAGUUCAACAGGCAACAUCCAUUGGAAGUCCACCUGCUUUUCCUGGUCCUAUAAUGCUGUCCCCUCCCUCUAUGCCUCCAGUAGGAGCUCCUUUCAUCCCGACAGAAUUUGACCCCACAAAGUUGGCAGGAAGUGCAAAACCUCCAGAGGAGUCCAACAAAGAUUCUAAAGGAGACAAAGGACCACCCACAGAUCCGGGCACUGGCAACCAGCUGGGGUCUCCUGUGGGACCAGUGAUGACCCUGCCAGGCCCAGGAAUCAUGCAGGGUCCCAGACCGGGCAUGCCACCUCUACAGCCUCCUCCUGUCAUGCCGAGUCCUCAUCUACCUCCAUUCCUCCCACCUCCAAACAUGGCACACAUGCCCCCGCAAAUAAUGCCUGGAGGACCCAUGUUUCCACCAGAUAGGUUCAGAAUGGCUAUGCCUUUUCCUCCUCGUGGCCCUCCUUUCCAUCGACAUCCUUCAAUGGGACCAGAGGGCAUGGAUGACAGAGAAGCGAGGCAUUUCCGAAAUGGGAGGGCAGGGUUUGGAUGCCCUCCCUUCCACAGAGGGAGAUGGUAAAGGCCGAUUGAAUGAUGGACAUGAGGAGAGAAGAUGCUGAAUCACUGUGACAGAUACUAAUAAGUAUCAGGACAUCUGGUUCACCAAGGACUGCUGUAAAAAAGUGAGCGUGCAGAGACUUCUUUUCAGACUUUAUUUUAUACCACCAGAACCUUGUCUUAGUGUCAAAUAAACAAUGAAAAACAAGACACAGCAUUCUGAAUGUGGUCCAUGCUCCUUCAAGUUCACUAGAGAAGUGAUUGUAAAUACUGUACUUGCUUGUAGCCGUUUGCUAUCUUUUUGUAUAUUCGAAGUUGUAUAGUUUAUGCUUAAGUCUAAUCUCAGUAGUUGGAGGUAAAAACAAAGUCAAAGUCUGUAUUUUUGAGCUUAUUACCUUACCAGAGUUUUGUGUAUGGAAGGAGACUGUCAAAAUCUAUAACUCAUACCUUUUUUGGUAUUUUUAGUAAAAUCCCUUAGUGACACAAUGUUUAAUUCUUCACCAUAAAGGUUGGAUUUCAUUUUAAGCGGAAGAAGAUUUCAUGUCCUGCCAGUAGAGGGUAUAGUAAACCCUGUUACCAUGGCUAGCCUGUUGUACAUUAAGGUCACACCUUGUAGGAUCACCUGCAGUGAAUAUUAAAAAGAGGUACUACCA